UCGCAAUGUGCUGUGCCACAGAGACCUGUGGCUAAACAACAUGCUGUUUGCGGAGAACGCCAAGGGGGAGCUGUCGGUGCGGCUUCUGGACUUCCAGACACUUCACCUAGAACCUCCAGCACAUGACGUUGUGACGUUCCUGCACUUGACCACGAUGCGCGACAUGCGGCAAGCUCAUGGCCGGCAGCUGCUGGAAUUGUACCACCAGACACUGGGUGAUGUGCUGUGCCAGCACGACCUCAACAUUGACUCCAUUCUUCCGUUGCAAGUCUUCCUGCAGUCAUGCGAGGAAACCAAGCCGGUGGCCGUCGUCAUCGCCGUCUACAUCUUGCAAGUCACCAUGCUGAGUCUACAAAAGGAUAUCGACCUGGAGAAUUACGUGACGGUGCGGAAGGAUUUUGUCAAAGACGCAUACCAGCAUGAUGAACGCUUUCGUUCGAGGAUGACAGAGGCGAUGGAGGAGCUGGUUGAGACCUGCCUCAUGCCGCGCCUACGGCAGCAGCAACGGUGACAACCCGGGAGUACUGUGCAUAAAAGAAGUAUGCGACCAGUGGCUCAUGGCGCUUAUCAAAACAAGAUCAUCUCUUCUGUUGUUACAACAGGAGAA